CCCUGCCCACACCCUGUGUGUUUGUCUGUCCUGCAGGCACCCAGGUCUCCUCCAUCUACACAGAUGGGGGCAGUAGGAGGAGACACCAUGACCACCAUUCUCACAGCCCUGCUCUGCCUUGGACUGAGUCUGGGCCCCAAGACCUGCGUGCAGGCAGGAUUCUAUGGUAAACCCACCCUCUCAGCCCUGCCAACUCCUGUGGUGACUUCAGGAGGUUCAGUAACCCUCAAGUGUGCAUCAUGGCCAAAAUUUGACAAGUUUAUUCUGACUAAGGAAGGAGAAAAAAACCUGUCCUGGACCCGGGACUCACAGCAACCCUUCUAUGGGCAGUUUGAGGCCCUUUUCCCUGUGGGCCCCGUGACCCCCGGGCACAGUUGGAUGUUCAGAUGUUAUGGUUAUCACAGGAACACUCCCCAGCUGUGGUCAGAACCCAGUGACCCCCUGGAGCUCCUGGUCUCAGGAGUGUCUGGGAAGCCCUCCCUCCUCGCCCCUCAGGGCCCUAUCCUGGCCCCUGGACAGAACCUGACCCUCCAGUGUCGCUCUGAUGUCGGCUACAACACAUUCACACUGACCCAGGAUGAGGGACGUAUCCUCACCCAGCGCCCUGGCUGGCAGCCCCAGGCUGGGCUCUCUCAGGCUGACUUCCCCCUGGGCCCUGUGAGGGGCUCCCACGGGGGUCAGUACAGAUGCUAUGGUGGAUACAACCUCUCCUCUGAGUGGUCAGCCCCCAGUGACCCCCUGGACAUCCUGAUCUCAGGACAGCUCUUUCACAGAAUCUUCAUCUCGGUGCAGCCAGGCCCUGUGGUGGCCUCAGGAGAGAAUGUGACCUUUGUGUGCCAGUCACACAGCCUGACAGACACUUUCUUUCUGGCCAAGGAGGGGUCAAUCAAUCCCCCCCUGCGCCUCAGAUCAAAGUUCGGAGCUGGACAGUACCAGGCUGAAUUCUCCAUGAGUCCUGUGACCUCGGCCCAUGGAGGUACCUACAGGUGCUAUGGCUCACGCAGACGCUCCCUCUACCUGUUGUCACUGCCCAGCAACCCCCUGGAGCUCGUGGUCUCAGGAUCCUCUGUGCAGCUCAGCCCCUCACCCACAGAUCAGACCUCUAUAUCUGUCCAGAGAGAAGCUGAUCCCCUAGGCCUACAGCAGAGGUCCAGUCCAGCUUCUCAAGUCCAGGAAGAAAACCUCUCAGAUGCUGUCAUGAAGGACACUCACAAGGAGGAUGGGGUGGAGCUGGAGAGUCAGCAGAGCCCACAUGACAUGGACCCCCAGGGAGUGAUGCAGGCCUAAGAGAACCACUCCACAGUCAGGAUGCUACAUCUGAUGACCCCCAGGAUGUGACCUACACCCAGCUACACAGCUUGACCCUCAGGCAGGAGACACCUGAAACUCCUUUGUCCCAGGAAGGAGACACUCCCGAGAAGCCCAGAGUGUAUGCUGCUCUGCCUGUCCACCAGCCUAGGAGGACCCCAAACCCCACACUGCACAGAGGAAGAGUCAGAGACCAGGAAGGCCAAUGGGCUGCCCCAGUGGACAAAUUAGUGAGCCCUAGCCUGGACCCCUAACAAAGACCACUAAGAGGUCCGGACAUCUUUUGGGAGUCACCUGAUGAUGCAUCAGAGAUAAAUAAACCUCAUAUCUACAUUUUGGAAAUAAAAAUGUCUCAAUGA